UAAAAACUGGUCAUUUGCUUCAGGAAUUGUGGGAAUUGAAGUCUUCCCGAGAGGUCAACAUGUGGAGCCGUCUGUCUACCUAGCCAGAGGUAGCCUGUCGUGGUUGAUUCCAGUCAUUAUGUCGUUUUGUUUUAACUUCGACAUUUCAGGGCAAGCAAACGCCUCUAAAGAAGUGGAUGGAAAUGAAGUGCAAAGCGGAAACAAAGACGAUGGCGCUAAAUAUGCAGAAGUUGAUGAUAAUACACCAGCCGGUCCAGUAAAAGAGGCUAAAGAGCACCUUCCUCCAUCUGACCCCCAGUUCCUCCUCACUGAUGGAGUCUUUGAAACAAUUACCAUCGGCACCCUUCCUCCUCUGCACUUCCUCAACGAAACCGUUUUUGAGAGGACGGCCUCAGAGCGAGAGGACAGGGAGAAAAUCCUGUCUUUCAGGGAGGAGAAGAACUCUGAUCUCAUCUCUGGUGUGUACGAGGGCGGCCUGAAGGUGUGGGAGUGCACUUAUGACAUUCUGGAGAUAAUGGAAAAAGAGGGAGAAACCUUCAGUGGGAAAACAGUGCUGGAUUUGGGUUGUGGAGCGGGACUGUUGGGAAUACUGGCCUUGAAGCGAGGAGCCAGGCAGAUCCUUUUUCAAGAUUAUAACAGCACAGUCAUCGAACAGCUCACAGUGCCAAAUGUAAUCCUAAACUGUGAAGAGGAUGAUGAGGUAGAGGGUGAUGGUGAGAAAAAGGGGAAAGGCAAGGGAAAAAAACAAGAAGACGGUUGUGUAGAGAAAGGGAAAGAGGAUUUGAACUCUGGCAGCCCCCCUCCUAAGAAAAGAGCAGCAGAUCUAUCCAAGCACCCAUUAAUGAGGAAGUGCCUCUUUUACUCUGGGGACUGGAGGACAUUUCUUCCUUUGGUCUUAAAGAAAGAACCACAGCCCAAAUUUGACAUUAUAUUCACAUCAGAAACAAUCUACAACACUUGCUACUACCCUGCCCUACAUGAAACGCUGCACAAACUGCUGGCACCCAGUGGUCUGGUCUACCUGGCCACCAAAUCACACUACUUUGGUGUUGGUGGUGGGCUACAUCUGUUUGAGACAUUUGUGGAGCAGAGGGGUGUUUUCUCCCUGGAUCACCUGUGGGAUGGGGCAGAAGGCCUGCAGAGACAUGUAGUGGUGCUGCGUUUUAAAAAGCAAAAUGAGAACUGACAAGGAAACGUCAGCUGGUUUUGAAAUUAUUCAUGGACAAACUGUUAAAUGAGUGUUUUACAGAUGUACUGAUUAGAGACUUUAUAGCCAAUUUCCAGUCACAGAUUUUGUAAAGCUCUGACUGACUGAUACAGUUUUGUCUUUGCAGACUAUAAAAAAUAAAAACUUUUUAAAAACC